GCCUAAUGUAUACCGACUGCGCUAGUGACGUUGUAUUACCUAUAGUGCGUUUCUAUGUAGUGCGAGACCUUAGUCGUUUAGUCUUUGUGAGUUUCUGUACGUCACGGGAUUAACGUGACAGGUAACAUCCGACACCAGCUAGUACAGCACGCCCGCGCCCACAUUUCCGUCACUCAACUAGAAAGCUCUCUCGUCUUUGCUUUGGCAUUGUGCUUCCUUCGGAGCACUCUGCUCCGACCGUCUUCUAUCGCUUCCUGGCCACAAGAACAGAGCCGACGUGGCACGCACGUACGUACGUAUACGUCCCGACCUCAUGGUGAUCUCCGACAACAACGCACGUUGUCGUCCACCACGGGCGACCCCACCUUACCGGCGCUCCGCUUUCGCCGUCGGCGACAGAGUAGGGCAACGGCGUGCAGCGCCGCCAGUAGAGGCCCGACCCAAAACUCGCUUUCAGUUUCACUUUCACUGCCAGGAAGUUGGAGGGUCGCACCAUGCGGAGCGGCGACGUCCGCUCGACGAUGGAGCGGACAGCGUGGAGCGAUGGAGCGUUGCAGAGACCGCGGUCCGACUGAGUAACGGCGGACGAGGAGGCCGCUGAAGGCCAGACGCGAGGUAAAACAAAUCUACGGCCCUUGACACGGAUACGCGGCUCUCUCGUUAUCGUGCGCGCCAGUCAACAGCUGAUCUGUGGUUGGGAUUCCUGCCGACGACGAAGGCGGUCUACUACCUCACUCCCUUGCGGCCUUGGGGUGGCCCUGUCGCCCCGAGAGCUAUUAGGCGCGGUCCUCGCUUACCGCGAGCAGUUCUCUCUUGUGCGGUGCUCUCCGGAGUGUGAUCAGGUGUGGUGGUGGUGGUGUUCACGAGACGAUGCUCAAAGGAUGGUUCGAUGCCUUCCGGACCGAUGGAGGUCCCACGCUCUACGACUAUUCUAAUAGGACUGCUGCCACUGAAGACAUACGGAAUAUCAUCAUCUAUAUCAGUUUUUCUACGUUGUUUGUGGCUUUUCUCAUAGUGUUCCCUGGCAUUCGCAAAGAGAGGUUAUCAACCUUCAUCAGCGUCACAAUUAGCCUACUAGUAGGAGCAGUCAUACUGAUCGCCAUCCAUGGCAACGACUGGCACGUGGCCUCAGCUCGAGUCUCUAGUCCGUACCGCGCCUUCUCUACAGAUCGGAUCUCAGCACAAGUCGGGGUCCACAUUGGGCUCAACAGCGUCAAUAUUACACUGCGGGCCACACCAACACAGAGCCACAGCGAGGAGAUCAACUUCAACGAACGGUUCAUGUGGUUUGGACGCUCCGCUGUUUCAGCGACACAAAUCAAGGAGGACUACAGAGCAGCCUUGGUGAAAGGGUUGCCUUUCCCUAUCCUCACCAUCGCCGAGUAUCUCAGUCAAGACUUGGAAGGCUUCUGCUGGGGUCGGAGGUACCGAGUAGCUGGAUACUACUCUUUCUUACUGCUCUGGACGGCGUUCGCGCUAUGGCUGUUGAUGAACAUCCUACUGUGUGCGGUGCCACGGUACGGAGCGUACACCAUGCAAAUAACUGGCGCUGUGAUGCUCUUCUCCGACGCCAUGUACAUGUUCUUGCUGCCGGCCAGCCCUCUUGUCAUACCUUUUCAAGGCGGCCUGCUACGCUUCACCUUCGGCUGGUGCUUCUGGGCAGUUCUUGUUGCAGGUGUGAUCGCAGUGUUGUGCGGCUUCGCAGUUGCCGUGGUGGACACGCUGUUCCCAAACAAGUUUUCCACCAUUCUACAAGUAGACUACGACACACCGUACCGGUAUUUCGUGGGGCAGGACCUCGGAGAUCGCAAGACUAGCACGAUAUCCAACAUUGGCUCGAAGCUGAGCCUGUGCCCUGACGGUUCGGACUGUCCGAAGGAAGCUCUGGCUGUGGCAAGCGGGAGCGUUGGAGGCAUCGACAACGCUGCCUUCGAUAACGACGACGAUGACGAUGGGAGCGUGGUAAUCGAUGGCAAGAGGGCGGUGUCCUUGCAGCAUUUCGGAAAGUAUGCUGCUAAGGAGCAACGGCGAAAAAGCAGCAACCAUCUACAACUGCCACCCAGAAGAAGCACGGGUUUCAGCUUCACGGUCAGUCCAUCCAACAAGGACGUCAACAUUGACCUUCAGUCGGCGGCAAUGUGGUGAUGCGGAUGCCGUGUAUUAUCAACUGAACUCCAGUCAUUUCAUUCCUGCGCAUGUCUGCCAGAUCGUUCAACCUUAUAUCGGGGCUACUUCCACCCGUAAAGAAAAGGAAACCGGAAGAAACUACUCGUGCUUUCAAGUUGAACGAGCAGGGCAGAUAAAUGGCGGCGUACAUCCCGGACAGUUCGACCAGAGCCCUCUAAAGUGCCAAAUACUAACUUGGCGUUAACUGUGCAAAACGACGUCCCAGUGGUGGAACUAAGUACGCCCGUGCUACAUACUCUUACUAUGCCCCGUUGUGAACUGGUUUAGGGACGCUUAACCUGAACACAGCUCCGGACAGUCUUCCUCUUUCGUUCCCUCUAGAACGUCUGCAGUAUAGAUGGACGCACUGUAGUCUGCGCGCGCCGUCGUCUGCAAGCUCUUCACAAUGCACAAAGGCCAUGUAAACCAGCUAGGGGCCUAAGGCUAGCGUUGAAUAUACAGGACUUCACAGUACAGUACUCUGAUCCAUGCACCAGUCUUCAAGAGAAGUAUUUCACCAUCUCUGAUGCAGAACCAUCGAAGCAGUCGCAAUGCAGAAUAUUUGUGCCCGUCCCUUGCAAGUGGUGGCCUCAGCAGUGGGGACACCACAAAGGUGACCCAGUCUAAUCCUACUGUACUUUGCCACAUUUUCAAAUCACCAAAAAUCGCCUAAACAACA